AUGUGGGCGCCGGGCUCGCCGGGGAGGCUGCCGGCGCUGGAGGAGUGCGGCGAGGACGGGGAGGCGGACGUGGACGUGGACGCGUACCACGGGGCGAUGGCCUCCUGCUGGGGCCGCUUCGGCGCCGCCGCGCUGUGGCGCAGGCUCCGGCAGCGUCUCAGCCUCGUGCGGCUCCGGCGGCGGCGCGGCCGCUCCCUCCUCGUCGCCGGCGGGCUCAACUACGACCCGCUCAGCUACGCGCAGAACUUCGACGACGGCUGCCUGGAGCUGGAGGAGCACGAGCCGGACUUCAGCGCCAGAGUUGAAGGAUUUCUUGCAGUUGCAGAGUUGAAGGAUGUGUUUAUGGUUCUCGUUCUUGUGGAGAUGCUGAGACUGCACCUGUAG